UCUUCAAGCCCUUGAAAAGUUCUCUGCCACCUUUUCAGCUAUCACCAUGGCUCCUUGCUUCAUCCUGAAGAGGAUCCUAAUGGUCCUAUUUACAGGUCUCACAGUGUCAGGCUCUCCAGUGAGAGGAGUGGUGGGUCAGAACGUCACUUUGCCCUGUAAAUACCGAGUUAAUCACCAAAAUGACAUCACCACAAUGUGCUGGGGCCGGGGCAGCUGUCCUUCUUUCCAAUGUUCUCAGACAAUUCUCUGGACAGAUGGAUGGAGGGUAACCGAGCAUCAGUCCAGCAGGUACCGGUUAGAAGGGAAUCUCACUCAGGGGGACGUGUCCCUCACCAUAGUGAAUGCAGCAGAAGCAGACGGAGGGGUGUACUGCUGCCGUGUGGAGAUCUCUGGUUGGUUCAAUGAUGAGCGGCACAAUCUGGAAGUUGUGAUUGAGACAGUUGCUGCAAGAGCCACCCAGGUAUCCUCUUCUGUCACACCAAGAUGGCUAUCGAUUUCCAGUUCAGAAGCCCCUUGGGCUUUGAAUGUGUCUACAUCUGCCCAUCUACUGGAGGCUGAAUCCAGGGGGACGGGGAUGUAUAUUAAAAUUGGCGUCGUUCUGUCACUUCUAGUCCUCCUAAUUUUGUCCCUGUUAAUCUUCACGUGGUAUUUGCUUAUCCCCAUGGCUCCUUACUUCAUCUUGCAGUGGAUCCUAAUGGUCCUAUUUACAGGUCUCACAGUGUCAGGCUCUCCAGUGAGAGGAGUGGUGGGUCAGAACGUCACUUUGCCCUGUAAAUACCGAGUUAAUCACCAAAAGGACAUCACAAAAAUGUGCUGGGGCCAGGGCAGCUGUCCUUCUUCCCAAUGUUCUCAGACAAUUCUCCGGACAGAUGGAUGGAAGGUAACCGAGCGUCAGUCCAGCAGGUACCGGUUAGAAGGGAAUCUCGCUCAGGGGGAUGUGUCCCUCACCAUAGUGAAUGCAGCAGAAGCAGACGGAGGGGUGUACUGCUGCCGUGUGGAGAUCUCUGGUUGGUUCAAUGAUCAGAAGAACAAUCUGGAAGUUGUGAUUGAGACAGCUAGGACCUCCACUGCAGGCCCUCACGCUUACACACCUGAACACACCUCAGCUGCUGCGAAUGCCAGUGACACAUCUUCCACCAUCGCCCCACAAUGGCCAUUGGUUUUCAGUUCGGAAGCCCCUGAGGAUGUUUCAAUACAGACUGUGUUGACAUCAAUCCGUCAGCUAAUGGAGCCAGAAUCCACGCGGUCAGGGAUGCAUAUUGGAAUCAGCAUUUUUGUGGUACUUCUAGUCAUCCUGGUUUUGGCCCUAAUUCUAUCCAAAAGGUAUUUCCCCAACAGACAGAAGCUGAAGACUUUGGCAAGCUCGGUCUCAUUUUCCAACGCAGAACAAGGAGGCUUCCAGAGCACGUUGGAAGCUGGGGUCCAUGCAGAAGAGAACAUUUAUACGAUGGACUAAGGAAUGAUUGGAUGCUUGCCCAUAUCAACACUGUGGCUUUAGCCAGUUACUACAAAACGAGCACAGUUUAUACAGCACUCUAAACUAUAUGUUCUAUUGACCUUGUUUGAUACAACUGAGAAUACUGAAGAUGGGUGCUCCUGGUGGAGGGCACAUGGACUGACAAACUGUUACUUGCAUCACUCCAGUUAAGCAAGAAGUGUCUACAACAGGGGUCGGCAACCUUUCAGAAGUG